UGUACAGUAAAUGUCUCUAAAAUCUGUCUAUUAAAAAGUUAUUAUAUCUUUCAAUCCUGUGUAUUGAUUAAACUACGAACCUAACAACAUCACUACAAGGUGUCAGAAGUGGCGGAUUGGAAGAGGAAUGUGAAGAAGAGGUUCAGCUUUUGAACGAGUCUAGUGUCUAAUAAUAAGCAUGGAGGCUAAUGCUAUGGAAGAAACACAAUUGCAGAUUAACGUGCGGAAACCUACACCAGGAAAGAUGGUGCAUAAGAGAGGCCAUUGGGCAAGAAAAGCAGAGUAUUUUCUGGCUGUCGGAGGAAAUAUUGUUGGCUUAGGAAAUAUCUGGAGGUUCCCUUACCUGUGCUAUAAGAAUGGAGGAGGUGUCUUCUUAGUCCCAUAUUUAUUUUUCUUGGUGACCUGUGGUGUUCCUCUCUUCCUCCUGGAAACAUCUCUGGGACAAUACACUCGUAAAUCUGGUAUCACAUGUUGGAGGAAAAUCUGCCCAUUAUUUGAAGGCAUUGGCUCCGCCAGUCUAAUCAUCAUUGGUUACUUUAAUUUUACAUACAUCAUUAUCCUGGCCUGGGCAUUCUUCUACCUGUUCUAUUCCUUCAGCAAAGAACUGCCAUGGAGUAGCUGCAACAACACUUGGAAUACAGUUCACUGUAAGGAGUUUGACAAAAAUUUUUCAACCAGUUCAGCGGAGUUGGAGAAUUCAACAUCCCCUGCCAUGGAAUUCUGGGAAAGGCGAGUCCUGAACAUCUCAGGAGGAAUUGAAGUACUUGGCAGUUUGCACUGGGAGAUGGCUCUCUGCCUCUUGCUUACCUGGAUCAUCUGCUAUUUUUGCAUCUGGAAGGGAGUCAAAUCGACAGGCAAGGUAGUAUACUUUACAGCAACAUUCCCUUAUGUCAUGCUGCUUAUACUCCUUGUGAGAGGACUGACACUGCCUGGAGCCAAAGAUGGGAUCAUCUUCUACUUGUAUCCAGAGCCAUCUCGACUUGCAGACCCAGAGGUAUGGAUGGAAGCUGGAACUCAGGUUUUCUUCUCUUAUUCUGUCUGUUUUGGCGGUCUAACAGCACUCAGCAGCUACAACAAGUACAACAAUGACUGCUACAAGGAUUGCAUUUAUCUGUGUCUAAUGAACAGUGGCACAAGCUUCUUGGCCGGGUUCGUUGUUUUCUCCACACUGGGUUUCAUGGCAUAUGAACAGGGAGUGCCCAUCAAAGAUGUGGCUGAAUCUGGUCCUGGUCUCAUCUUUAUCGUGUACCCUAACGCCAUUUCCAUGAUGCCUCUUCCUCAGCUCUGGGCAUUCUGCUUGUUUCUCAUGGUUAUAUUACUUGGACUGGACACUGAGUUUGUCAGCUUGGAAACCUUUAUGACAAUCGUUAUGGACAUGUUUCCAAUACUACUGAAAAAGAAAAGAAUGAAGCAGGUGGUUCUGGUUAUCACCUGCAUACUGUCCUUCAUGAUUGGGCUUCUGAUGGUUACAGAGGGUGGUGUAUAUAUCUUCUAUCUUGUCGAGCACUAUGCAUGCAGUGGGACAUGCCUCCUGUUCAUUGCAAUUUUUGAAUCUAUUUGCAUUGGCUGGGUGUAUGGUGCUGACCAUCUUUAUGACAACAUUGAAGACAUGAUUGGAUAUCGGCCCUGGCCCAUUAUUAAAUAUUGCUGGACUUUCUUGACACCAGUUAUUUGCAUGGGCACUUUCAUUUUUUCCCUGGUGGAUUACACUCCUUUGAAAUAUAACAACACAUAUGUGUAUCCAUCUUGGUGCUAUGUUCUGGGAUGGCUCUUGUCUUUGUCUUCCAUCAUGCUGGUGCCCCUUUCUAUGGUAUUCAGAUUGAUUGUAGGAAAAGGAAAUUUGAAAGAGCGCUGCAGCCAGCUUAGCAAGUCCAGGCAAAAGUAUGAGGCUGGAGAAACACGAGGCUCUGAACUACAACUUCAACACCAGCAUGAAGGAACAGACUGACCUGUAAACCACAAAAAUUAAACCAAAAGGAUAUCCUGAAAAAAGUACUCAAUAAAAAUCCUCUUUUUAAAAU